AUGGCGCUGUUCAGAAGAUUCUUCUAUCGGAAGCCGCCGGAUCGGCUUCUCGAGAUCUCUGAGAGGGUCUACGUGUUUGAUUGUUGUUUCUCUAGUGAUGUGCUUGACGAUGAUGAGUAUCGAACAUAUCUGACUGGAAUUGUAGCUCAGCUUCAGGAUCACUAUCCUGAUGCUGCUUUCAUGGUUUUCAAUUUCAAAAGAGAGCAAAAGAGCCAAUUGACCGACAUACUGUCUCAGUUCGGUAUGACAGUCGUGGAUUACCCCCAGCAAUACGAAGGGUGUUCAGCCUUACCUCUGGAAAUGAUCCACGACUUCUUGCAGGUUAGCGAGACUUGGUUGUCUGUCGAGGGCCAACAAAAUGUCAUAUUAAUGCACUGUGAAAGGGGUGGAUGGCCUGUGCUUGCAUUUAUGCUUGCAGGCCUUCUUCUAUACAGAAAUCAGUACACAGGUGAGCAGAAGACCCUGGAAAUGGUAUACAAGCAAGCACCAAAGGAACUCCUAUCUCUUACGACUCCUUUGAAUCCUCAGCCAUCUCAGAUCAGAUAUCUAAAAUACAUCACUAGAAGAAAUAUUGUAUCAGACUGGUCUCCAUCAGCUGCGCCUCUGAUUUUGGAUUGCAUAAUACUCAGAUUCCUUCCUCUGCACAAUGGUGGGGUAGGCUGCCGGCCAGUGAUUCGCAUAUAUGGUCAUAAAUCUUCUUCUAAAUCACCCACUUUAAGUUCAAGGGUUCUGUUUUCAAGUGCUGAAGUACAGAAUAAUCUCCGUCUCUAUGUACAGGAAGAGUGUGAGCUAGUGAAAUUAGAUAUCCGUUGCCGUGUUCAAGGCGACGUUGUUGUAGAGUGCAUCCAUUUAGAGGAUGAUCUAGUGAAGGAGGAAAUUCUUUUCCGGUUUAUGUUCCACACUGAAUUUGUCAGGUCAAAUGUCCUGAUAGUGACACGGGAAGACAUUGAUGUGCUUUGGGAUGCCAAUGAUGAAAUUCCGAAGGAAUUGGGGGCAGAGGUACUCUUUACAGAUCCAGAUUCUAUUCCUUUAGUUAUUAAGACAGAUGCCGUAACAGAAGAUGGAGAUGAAGCAGAAGAGGACUCACCUGAGGAAUUUUUUGAGGCAGCAGAGAUAUUUUCUAAUCUAGUAGAUGCACAGGAUGCUAAAGGGGAGCUGGAUAGGAUUAAGAUCGAAUCUAGUGCUCAGCAGGGUGAUGGUAAUCAUGAUAGUAAUUUCAGGGAUGAUUUGAAAAAUCUUGCACUCGAAAGCUCGGGUUCAGAUGAGGUCAGUCACUCACAUAAUCAGGAUCUGGGUCCUAAAUAUGAAUUCUUGCACAAUGGUGGUGUUGAAUUGAUAGAUAUCUUGGAUGCCAUUGUUUCUGAUGGUACUUCUGAAGCUAUAUCGGAAAAUACUGGUACACAUAGCAAGAAAUUGCUAGAGGAGAACAAGAAAAGUGAAGCAAAGCUUAUUAUAAUGAAGAUGAUUGAAGAGCAAGGUUUGCAGGACAAGCUUUCUGCUGAUAACAAUCAACAGGGUUUGGAUAAUGGGGAUAUUGGUGAGCAGAAGAAAGAGUCUGUUUACACUGCAGAUUUGGUUGGAACCAACAAGAAAAAUAAGCAGAAAAACUCUGUGGGUUCUCCGAAAAUAUUGGCAAAACCAAAUGCUGUGUCUAGGUGGAUACCCUCUAAUAAAGGUUCUUACACCAAUUCGAGGCAAGUAUACUAUCCUCGAUCAAGGUGUAACAGUGCUCCAGAAGUUCUAUCUAUUGGAAAGAACUCCACAUCUGGAGAAAAAUCUAAGCACAUGAUGGUAGCUUCAGUUGACAGAACUGCAUUGCGCUGGGGAAAGCAUGCAUCCUGCCCGUCAUUGUUGAAUUUCUCAUCAGUCCGAGAAACUUCCUCAAAAGCUCCAGUGGGUCAUCAAGGCCAGGUUUUGUUGCCUUUUUCAUCAUCCCCGCAAUCUUCUUCAUUGGUUUCUGCUGAUGCAUUUUCCCCUUCAAGAUUAUUGUCGCCUCGGCCUUGUCCGAAUGAAAAUAUCAUUAAAUUUCUGCCUACUCCUCCUCCACCUCCUCCACCACCACCAGCUUCUUCUAGAUAUCUAUAUAAACCUGCUUCACCCCCCACUAUAAUUCCUAAUGAUGGAGAGGUUUUGUUGCCUUUUUCAUCAUCUCCACAAUCUUCUUCAUUGGUUUCUGCUGAUGCAUUUUCCCCUUCAAGAUUAUUGUCGCCUCGGCCUUGUCCGAAUGAAAAUAUCAUUAAAUUUCUGCCUCCUCCUCCUCCCCACUCUCUGCUACCUAUAAGUUUGAGUACAUCUGUGCAAGAAACAACACAGACUCCUCAAGCAGCAUUAUCUUCUGCCUCUUCUACUGUGCAUGAUGGGCUUACCAUUUCACCUCCACCACCCCCUCCUCCACCAUCCCCUUGGUGUACUGAAAAUUAUAAGCCUGUAUCUCCAGAAUUAUCAAGGUCUUCAUCUCUCUCUACUUCUUCAUUUCCUCCACCUAAUCUAAAUGGUGUUCCUCCUCCUCCUCCUACUCCACCACCACCACCUCCACUGCAUUCUUCAACUAAUGUGUCUCCUUCACUUCCACCACCACCACCACCACCACCGCAACAUCCACCUCUUUUAUCAAGAGUGGCAUCCCCACCUGUGCCUCCACCCCCACCCUCUUCUCUAGUUCAUUUAUCUAUAACCCCAUCUUUAGCUCCACCAUUAACCUCUUCUCAUGAAGCACCUGCAUCACCACCUACUCCAUGUACAGCAGGUUUCCCUCCACCUCCACCACCUUCUCUAUCCAUGGAAGUGGUAAUGAAACCUUCAUCCACAACCAAUCUUUAUGGUGCAUCAUUGCCAUCUGCUUCAGCACCCUCUACAUCCCUAAAAGAACAAGAUCCUCCCUUACCGCCUUCACCACUUGGGGGGAAAACAACAUCUCUACCACCCCAUCUACCUAUGGAAGGACAAAUGCCAUACUCACCACCAUCUGUACCACCUACGAGAGAAAUGCCACUAACCUCACAAUCACAACCACCACCUCCACCACCACCCCCACCACCUAUGGGAGAGACACUAUUUCCAUCGCCUACAACACCUAUGAAAAAAACUUUAGCUCCAUCCCUUAUGCCUUUAGAAGAAAAAGUGCCAUUAUCUCAAUCUCUUUCAUCUAUAGGAGCAAUCCCUCCGCCACCACCUCCACCCCUUCCGGUUACAGUUGUAGCACCAUUUCCACCCUCUUCGCCUAUGGGAGGAGCACCACUUCCACCCCCUCCACCUACCAUAGCAACACCUCUUCCACACCCACCACCUCCACCCCCUCCGCCUAUGAUAAUAGAACAAACUCCAUCCACUUUACCAUUGAGAGUAGCACCACCUUCGCCCCCUUUGCCUAAAGUAACACCUCCUCCACACCCACCCCUUCCAUCUAUGAUAGUUGAACCAACUCCAUCCCCUUCACCAUUUGGAAGAGCAUCACCUCCGCCCCCUUCACCACCUUCUGCUAUAGCAGAGGUGUCUACACCUCCACCGCCCCUUCUACCUAUAGGAGGAACACAACCUUUUCCGGCUGAUUCUAUUAAAGGGAAGCCUCCGCCACCACCACCACCUCCACCUUUUAUAGAAAGGAUAGAACCUUCCCCACCCAUGGGAGAAAUACCACCUCCGCCGUCUACUAUAGGAAUGGUCCCUACACCACUUCCACCUCUUUUGGAAGGAAUGACACAUGCACCUUCUUCAUUACCUGUAGGAGGAGCACCACCUCCAACACCUCCGCCACCUCCACCUUUUAUUGAACCUACAUCACCCCCUUCUUCCAUGGGAGGAGCACCACCUCCAACACCACCACCUCCACCUUUUAUUGAACCUACACCACCCCCUUCAUCCAUGGGAAUAGCACCACCUCCACCACCUCCACCUUUCAUAGGAGAAAUUGCACCUCUACCACCCCCUCCAGCAUUGGGAGGAGCACCACCACCACCACCACCUCCACCUUUUAUGGGAGGAAUGACACCUCUGCCACCUCCGCCACCCAUGGGAGGAGCACCACCGCCACCACCUCCACCUUUUAUGGGAGAAAUGGCACCUCCGCCACCUCCUCCACCCAUGGGAGGAGCACCACCUCCGCCACCUCCACCUCCUAUAGGAGGAGGAGCACCUCCACCACCUCCUCCACCCAUGGGAGGAGCACCACCUCCGCCACCUCCACCUCCUAGAGGAGGAGGAGCACCUCCACCACCUCCUCCACCCAUGGGAGGAGCACCACCUCCGCCACCUCCUCCUAUGGGAGGGGGACCUCCACCACCUCCACCUCCUAUGGGAGGAGCACCUCCGCCACCCCCUCCACCCAUGGGGGGAGCACCACCUCCUCCACCUCCUCCUAUGGGAGGGGGACCUCCACCACCUCCACCUCCUAUGGGAGGAGGGGCACCUCCACCGCCCCCUCCUGGAUGUCGUGCUCCUGGACCACCGCCACCUCCUGGAGGUGCUCCUGGAGGUGGACCACCUCCACCUCCAGGAGGAGGUCGAGGGUUACCUGCUGGAAGAGGACGUGGGUUAACACGUUCUAAUGCUACGGCUCGAAAAGCUAACUUGAAGCCACUGCAUUGGAGCAAAGUUACCAGAGCAUUACAAGGAAGCUUGUGGGAAGAAUUGCAAAGGCAUCAAGAACCACAAGGGGGAGCAGGAGCAGUUUUUGAUGUAAAAGAAAUUGAAACUCUUUUCUCCGCUAUCCCCAAGAAUACAGGUGCCAAAGCUGGAGGGCCGCAGAAGCCUGCUAGUAGUAAACCCACGAAAGUCCAGCUGAUUGACCUGAAGAGGGCCUAUAAUGUUGAAAUUAUGCUCACAAAAGUGAAAAUGCCACUUCCUGACAUGAUGGUAGCGGUGCUAGCUAUGGAUGAAACAAGUUUAGAUGCUGAUCAAGUGGAAAAUCUCUUAAAGUUUUGUCCCAAAAAGGAAGAGAUGGAUACUCUAAAGGGCUACACGGGUGAUGUAGAGGAUUUGGGGAAGUGUGAGCAGUUCUUCAUGGAGCUGAUGAAAGCACCUCGAAUAGAAACUAAAUUAAGAAUUUUCCUAUUCAAGAUUCAAUUUAACACUCAGAUUUCUGAAUUCAGAAAAAGUCUCAAUACUGUAAACUCUGCAUGCGAGGAGGUUCGGAACUCCCUCAAACUUAAAGAAAUCAUGAAAAAAAUUUUGUAUCUCGGCAAUACAUUGAAUGAGGGAACUGCAAGAGGUUCUGCUGUAGGAUUCAAGUUGGACAGUCUUUUGAAACUGACAGACACACGUGCCUCUACUGGCAGGAUGACACUGAUGCACUAUCUUUGUAAGGUGCUUGCAAGUAAAGCACCAGAUCUUUUGGACUUCCACAAAGAUUUUGUUAACUUGGAAGCUUCAUCAAAGAUACAAUUAAAAAUUUUGGCAGAAGAAAUGCAAGCCAUUUCCAAGGGUAUAGAAAAGGUCAAGCAGGAAUUGGCUGCUUCUGAGAAUGAUGGUCCUGUGUCUGAAACGUUUCAUAAGACAUUGAAUCUAUUUGUUGGUACUGCGGAGUCUGAAGUGACAUUCGUAACAAAUUUAUAUUCUAUUGCGGGAAAAAAUGCUGACUCAUUGGCUUUAUAUUUUGGUGAAGAUCCAAAACGAUGCCCAUUUGAGCAAGUUACUGCAACCCUCUUAAAUUUUGUGAGGAUGUUCCAAAAGGCUCAUGACGAAAACCUUAAACAGGCCGAAAUGGAUAAGAAGAAAGCUCAGAAGGAGGCUGAAAUGGUGAAUUCACCAAGAAAGAAUUGAAAGAUUGAUAACUGCUGAUAUUUCAGAGUAAUCCGUGGUUCUUUCACAAUGGCCAGCACUUGUUGGCCUUCUGAUACUGCCAGAUUUACCAACCAUGAGCUUAGAAUUCUGCUUAACCUACUGGCUUUAUGGAUUAUAUAUAUGAAGCUAGAUGGUGCUGUCGAGGCUUCAGAAUAUCUGAAGUUCUGUGGAGAAGUCAACUGAGAAGUGAUUCAUGACUCUUCUCAGCUGCUUUGGAUGAUGCAGGCGGCUGUUUUGUUUUAAGUCUCGUGGCACGUACUUACUACAGAAGAAUUUCAUUCCAAGAUGAGAACACGAGCUAAUUUGGCGCAGAUAUCCAUCUUGUGAGAAGAAAUAGAGUUCGGAGUCUUGAGAACAUCACCGAUGGAACUUGAUGACCUUCUCAUUACUUUCAAGCUUGAACCUGGCUUGGAUCCCCCGAAAUUUGGCGUGUCUUCUGUUUGAAAGCACAUGCCAUUGGCUCCAGUACUAUCCCAAUCACAUGCCAGUAUGUGUAAGGUUACCUCGGAAUCAUGAUACAGAUUACCAAUUACCAGAAUGUACCAUCACAAGUGUACAGAUUGCUAACCCUGUAUUUAGAUUAGCACUAAUUCUUUCUGUAGAAUAGAAACUGGGUUGGUUCCUUGAACUUAGUGAGGUAGAGAAAGGAACU